AUGGUCUUCUCUCAAGUCACAAAGACCUUGAUUGGUCUUUUGGCAUUGCAGCCUGCUCUGAUCGCCGGACUUCCGGCCCCAUCCCCUCCUGGUGUGCCGAGUGCCUCAACUGCCAAGAGCGAGCUCGCUGCGCUGACAGUCGCCGCGCAAGGAUCGCAAGACGGGUAUUCUCGAGACAAGUUCCCCCACUGGAUCACACAAUCUGGGAGCUGCGACACCCGGGAAGUAGUGCUCAAGCGUGACGGGACCAAUGUGGUGCAAAGCUCGAGUGGAUGUACCAUCACUAGCGGUAAAUGGGUCUCACCAUAUGACGGUGCGACCUGGACUGCCUCGAGCGAUGUCGAUAUUGAUCACCUUGUUCCCUUGUCCAAUGCUUGGAAGUCGGGCGCUUCUGGAUGGACAACCGCGGCUCGGCAAGCCUUUGCGAAUGACCUGACCAAUCCUCAACUCCUGGUCGUGACCGAUAAUGUCAACGAGUCCAAGGGUGAUAAGGGUCCCGAGGAAUGGAAACCUCCACUUACCUCGUACUUCUGCACAUAUGCUGAGAUGUGGGUGAAGGUCAAGUCGGUUUACAAGCUCACAAUCACCUCCGCUGAGAAAUCCGCCCUGACGAGCAUGCUCGAUACUUGCUAG